AAUGUUGAUUUCAUUUUCAAGAUUGAAGCGGGUGAGGAUAAUUGGCAAGUAGCUCAAAUUGUCUUAGUCUUUAGCCAAGUAGGUUACAAUUAUUCCCCCAAUUAACUAAUGGGUUUUUCAAGAUGUGGAUAAAAGAUGACCAAAUAAUUGUUGUAUGUUUGCUACAGUUGAAAGACAGAAUUGAUAUGGGACGGAAAUGUCUAGCGUUUGAAAGCUGAGCUAUCCAUGCCCCUAAUUUAACCGAACGCACCAAAUACCGAAUUUCCCUAAUUAAUACCGGAGCCGGACUUUAUUUUUGGCUCUCUUUUGUAAUCUCCGGAUGCUCCCAAAUUGUUGGUUGUUUUGAUCCUCUAAAAUCAUAAAGACAAUCAAAUUCCAAAAACUUUUUAACAUUUCUAUGUUGGUGUAAUGUAACAUGAAUCGUGACUCAAUCACAAUUUCAUAAUAAUAAAACUAGAAAUGAAGUCCCAAAUUCUUAAGGGAACUAGAAAGAAAGUAUUUUAUAUACUAUGUAAAAAGGAAAAAGAAAAAGAGCUAGUAGAAUAGAUAGAAGAAAGAGAGUUGAUUUGAUACCCGAGUAUUUCAUUACACAAACCCUAGCAUAGAUGAUUGGGGUCUACAAGUAAGGAUUUGAAGUUAUACUUGGAGCUGAUCCUGCUAUAAGGCCCGAUCAACACAGACGGUGCACACAUUUCUCUCAACAGUCAUUUCCCUUUCAGUUGAUAAGCAAGAAGUGGAAAAAAAGGUUCCACGUGACUUCCAUGGCAACGACUGGCUCUAGGUGGGGUGCUGUUAUGUCAGGCAAUUAAGGCUUCAGUGACCAGUGGAGGUCAGACCUAUACACGAAUAAAUGACAGAAGAGGAAACCAGGAGGUCUGAUGCAUUGGAGCGAAAUAAUAUUUGAACUUUGAGGUUUGACCCGCAUACGUUUUUAACACACACUUAGGGUCCCCUCCACCCAUCGAUAAGAGAACCUUGGAAAUAGGCAAAGGCAUUGGAAAUGAGCAGGAUUCCUCAAUUAUUCAGUCUUACGCCUAAAGAAGGAUCAGAAGGCAGCAGCAGCCAUGGAAAUAAAGGAAAACAGAAGGCGACAAUACAAGAGCUAAUGAGCGCGGAGAGCAACACGAACCUUGAAAUUUCAUACUCCAGGCACUCGGAUCUCAAGAAAGAAAUUGAGCAACAAAGAAAAAUGCUGUCUGAUGCAGAAAAAAGGGAAAAAGCCCAAGCAGACGCACUGGCACUGGGAAAAAACAAUCUUCGUGUUAUUGACGGCCUUCAGGCAAUAAAGGGGACUCGAAUAUUUCUUCAGUCACGUCCAGAUUGGAGUGGAACUAUACUGGUUCAGUCUAGCAAGGAGAAGGACUUCAACAAAAAGCUGAAGAACCUGCAAGAUGAGUUUUCAGGGCGUGUUAUUAACUUUAAGAAAAAGUAGUGUCUGCUCCUAGCUAGAACUAGUUGUUGAUGGAAAAAGUUGCAGCAACACCGUGCGUGUCAGUGUCUUAUGUUUCAUGAUGAAUGAUGCAGAGUAUGUGUCGUCUGUGUGUUUUUCUCAUUGAAUAAAGUGUUGUUUUUCCAUCAGUCAAUAAAUUGCGGGCAUGGAUGUAA